AAUAUAAAAGGCCGUGUUAACAAAUGUCAAGUCGUAUUGAAUUGAAUUGAAGUUUGGCUUAUUAUUGAGGUUAAGGUUAAGUAUGGCUUUCAACAAAAGUGUGUUGGAAAAUGUCAGGGAAGAUGACUUUGUUGAAUAUUUUAUUUUUCCUUCCUUAGAAGUGGACUUUGAUAACGUCAAAGAUCACCUCCAAAAAGUAUUGAUAUCAGUAAAGUCUGUGCUUGAAACCUUUUGUCAUUCUUACAUUUGGCAGAAGGAUGAUGUUAGGUUUAUACCAAGAAUUGAUCCGGGAUUAAAUUUGCCUCCUAUUGAUGAUUCAGAUGAGAAGCUGCAUCUACCCCCUCAUCUGUACGGUGUUUCUCACUAUGGAGACAACAUUGAGGAUGAGUGGUUUAUUGUGUUUCUAUUGUUGGAGGCCACCAGAGCAAUCCCAGAUCUUGUAGUCAGAGUGGUAGACAGUGAUGGGGAGUUUUUACUGAUAGAAGCUGCCAACCAUCUGCCAUCGUGGGCCACACCUGAAGCAUGCGAUCGGAGGGUGUACCUGUAUCAAGGAGCUGUACAUCUGGUACCAGGACAGGAGAAGAUGACUGUUGACGAAGCUGUGAAGAUGAUCCGCUCCCAGCCGGACCGUACACGAGCCUCAGAAGCUAUACAGACUGCUAUCAAUGCUAGAAUUGAAGGGUAUCCGCAGCGUAUAUCAGAGAACCUUCACAGCUGCAAUGUUGUGGUGCCUGUGAGAGUGGCAGCACUGUUAAAGGCACGACCAUCCCUGGUCGCCCCGGCUGUCACAGCCUUCUGCCACAGGGACCCCAUAGAUUUGAAGGUGUGCCGAGCCAUGAGGUACUUCCCACCCGAGCAGUGUGCGACAGUGCGGGUGACAUUCACGAAGUGUUUGUACGCGAUGUUAACGCACCAGAAGUAUGUGCCGGACCGACGCACAGGUUGGAAACUGCCACCACCCACAGACCCAACGUAUGCGGCAAAACUGCUUGGCGUCAAACUGGCAUGUGGUUUCGAGAUACUGGUCUCCCAGAGUAAGAACUGUGGCAAGGCUGAUGAAUUAAACAAGGAUUGGCAGAUAUACAAGAAAUCUCUGGCUGAGAAAGGAUAUUUCAAGGACUUGUUGGAAGGGUCUCAGGAGUAUGUAAAGCUGGAGCAGACGGCUAAGGAAUACUUCCAGUCCCACUGCACACAGUCACAGCCCCCUACUGGACAAGUUAUCCUGGACAUACUCCAGGACAUGGAGCUGGAUGUGGAGGAGAUGCAGAGGAAUGAAGCCAGCCUGCCACCUCCUGAUGAUGACAGCUGGCUGGAGGUGACACCUCCAGAACUCGAUCGUAUGAUGGAGCAGAGAUAUGGUUGCCGGCCCAGCCAUACUUCCGGGGACAUCUCGGCACGUCUGGCAGACUUCCUCUCUCAUGUCAGUUCCCUAGACGGUGCAGAGUUUCCACAGGACGAUGGAGUGUCCGAGGCUCCAGUCAGGCCUCGACGUGGGAUUAAGGCCAAGAAAAAAGCUGUUCCUGCGGAAAAAGACAAUGAAGAUGACAACAGAGUGUCUUUUGACCACGAGGCCUUUUCCUGUGCUGUGCAGAACAUUCUAGAUUUUGUAGUACCAGAAGACAACUGGGAUAUGGAAUCUGAUGGAUCGGGUAUGAGCUCAUAUGAAGAUGAAGAAGACAUGGAUCUCGGAGGCAAGACAGGAGAUCAAGCUGAGACGCCUGUCAGUGAGUUGAAACAGUACAUGGACCAGAUGGACCGAGAGCUGUCGUCCACCGCUGUCGGCAAAAGUUUCCAAAAGAUCCAGACCAGCAACAAGAAGGAAAUGGAAGACAGUUUUUCUGAAGUGGAAAACUUUGAGCCGGUAGACAUUGAUUUGAACGCCUUAAAAAAUAUUUUAGAAUCGUACCAGUCACAAAUGGGUGGAGCUGGGCCGGCCUCGAACAUGUUGGGACCCAUGGGGGUGAGACUGGACAAGCCGUGAUCUCCACCGAACUUCUCUUCUAUUCCUCCCUCCGAAUGCUGAGACCUGUCUGGAGCCAACUACAGAGUUUAGCUGAAUUAUUUCAGGAGUGUGUUUUCAUGUUGGGAAAGCAUCACCACAGUUUGUUUACCUUAUGUUUAUUUACUCCUUCCAAAUACAGCAAGAAUAUUUGUAAUUCU